AUGAGACAAAAAAUAGUUUUAGUCUCUGCGCGCGCGUUUCGUCGUGCCAGAUCGUCGAAACCCGCAGGAGGGAUGGCUGCGUUUUUCAAUCCCGGUGCCACCGCACGGAUGCCAAUUACGGAUGAUGUAAUAUUAGACCAAUUGAUGAACGGAAACCUAUCGGAGAUUGAAGAUUUUGAUGAUGACGACUUGGAAUUUGAACCAAAUACCCUAUUUGAUCAAUUGGCUUGCGAAAAUCUCUUCGAUGGUGACAAUCCUAAUGCAGAUGAAGAAACAAGCCACCAAAUCUCACUAUUGAAGUGUCCUCCGGUGGUGCAACCUCCAUCUACAUCGACACCGCAACGUCCUGCUUCAAUAAUGACGCAACAUCCUCCUCCACCAAGGACGCAGUCUCCAUCAACAAUGCAACCGUCUUGCCCAUCAUUAUCAUCCACGUCGCGUCGUUAUAGAGAAAGGAAAAAAAAAAAGAAAUUAAAAAUAAAUUAA